GAAGAUAAGCCGUCCUUUGUACAAAGAAUCUUUCUCUGCUUAAUACUUACAUAAAGAACGCGAAAGAGUGAGGAGAUGGCGCCUGUGAUGCGAUUCCAUUUCCAGGCAAUUGUUUAGCUGGGCCGAUCAUAUUCUUCAUCAUCUUCAUAAUUCCAAAAUUGUGCAGUCAUACCUUUUACUUUAUUUGGAUUCCCAGAACCGACAUUUUAAACAAAACCACUUCAAAUAAUACACUACACUACAAUCAAUCAGAGCAAAUAAAAGAUAAACACCCGUGCUACCCCUGCCACAUCCUACAUCAUGAGUUCGAACAAUAACAACAAUCCUUAUAUCCAUCUUUCCUUUCAUUAUGCGUCUGAUAGGAGGCCGAUCGAUACAAUCUGCGAGAUGUUGAAUAGGUGCGCGAAAAGGGUCGAAGAUGCCACAAGAAAAGCAGAGGCGAUUGCUGAUAACGUCUGGAAUCACCAUCAACAAGUAAUUUAUUAUAUGUCGAUAGUCAAGGUCAGUCCUAGGCUCAGCGAUGCAGCAUUGGCAAGGCUUGCUCAAGGAACGAAAGUGCUAACAGAAGGAGGGCAUGAGAAGGUGUUCCAACAAGAGUUUCAGAUAUUGCCAGGAGAGAAGCUCUUAAAGGCAUAUGCUUGCUAUCUAUCAACAUCCACUGGACCAGUAAUUGGGACACUUUAUAUAUCAACUAAAAGAAUGGCAUUUUGCAGUGAUUAUCCCCUCUGUUAUUACUCUUCCUCAGGGCAGCAGGAGUUGAUGUAUUACAAGGUGGUGGUGGAUCUUGAUAAGUUGAGAACAGUGAAUCCUUCUGCAAACAGAUUGAACCCUUCUGAGAAGUACAUCCAUAUUGUCACUACAGAUGGCUAUGAAUUUUGGCUUAUGGGGUUCAUAUCUUAUGACAAGGCACUCAAGACUUUAACUGAAGCUUUGCAGCACAACCGUGAUGGUUCUGCAGGGAUCGUACAAGUCCAAGUGCAUGGCAGUUCUGCCAAUUCUACUCUAUACCCAAAUCGCUAAAACGAUUUAAAUACAUUUGUGAAUAAUGCUAUAUGUAAUAAAAAAUUUCAGUUAUUGAGUUGA